AUGGCGGCGACAGCCGUGGCAAGCCGGAAGCGAGGGACGGAAGCCGCCUUCCUCGACGACCCCUUCUCGUUCCCCGCCGCCGACCUGCCGCUCCUGCAUACCAAGCGGGGCCGGUGCUCGUCGUCGAUUGUCGCCGCGGACCUCGGCCUCAGCUUCCCGCUCGAGUUCGACCCGGUCGAGGCGCUCCAUCUCAUCUUCCCCGGCGAGGAGCCGCAGGUUCUACAAAACUAUCUACAAGCGUCAGGAAAUGUCUUGGAUGCUGCAAUCAAAGCAUACAAAGAUUAUUUGGCACAAAGAAGCACAGAAUCUGCUUCUGCCAUAAACCAUGUUCCAUCUGACAACGAGGAAGGCGAUAGCAUCCUAUCUGAAUCUGAUGUUGACCUGACAGUGGAAACCAUUCCCACCAAUUGCUCUGGAUGGGCUGAGCUCAUUGUCAAGGAGAUGUCCUCUGCUUCGGAUUUGACUGAUGCCAAGAAUCGCGCCUUCAAGAUACUCAACCUGUUGGAAAAAUCUGCUGCCAGGAGUAGCCCAGAUGAAAAGAGCAAAGUGAACAAGGAGCACAAGAUAGUGAAGCAGAUGCUGGGAUCCCUGCUCCACCAGAACGGCGUUCUGAAGCGUGCAUUCCUCAUACAGCACAACCGACUCAAGGAGUAUCAAGAGAUGGUGCAGGAGCUAUCUCAGUUCAACCAGAUUCUCGAGAAGUACCAGAAGCAGAUAAAGGCGUUAGAGGAGAAGAACAAUGCCUUGUCAUUCCAUCUUCAAAAUGUGAACCAAUGCAGAAACACCUAUUGGCAUCGCAAUCCAGAUGUCUUCUAA